UUCGUAUACAAAACCGGCAUUCAGCUUGCCAUUUCUAUUGAUUUCUUGUAUUGUAUUCAACUUCAAGCUGUAACUUGUCUUUUUUGACGUCGGUCCCAACUGUCAUCUAAUGUGUCAUAAAGUGUCGAGAAGUCUCCAUAAAACAACAGCAAGAGGUGUAAGCUACGACUACUUCAGCAGUCCGCCAUCUGCUGUGUUACCAUGGAAACAGAAUGGCCUGCAAAGACGAUCAUAAUGAAGAAGGUGAAACAGAGUUCAAAGAGAUAAUGACCCAAAAGCAACCAAGUACACCAGUCAAAAAGGAAACUGACAUCUUUGGAGUUCAACUGGAGGUGACAAGUCGGCUAUUGGAUGCAGAGGGUUUAAGACUUCAUGUACUUCAGAGAGAGCUGAACAAUAAGAAGAAUGGUACACUAAGAUCUCCUGAAAGUAGGCAAAAAGAAUUUGAAAGGCAGAAAGAAGUUAUUAGUCGUCUUCAGUUUCAACAUGACAUGCUUAAGAAGCAAUACCACGAGGCUGCGAUGGGAAUGUUCAAAAGUAAUCACCGAUACUUUAAGUCCCAAAGAAGCCUACCACAUCUUGGGAUUAAGCAGACACACAAAGUUAGGCCAAGCAUCUUUGGAACACUUACUAAGGAGAAAGUACCUAAAGAUGACAACAAAAGGAGAAGUUUACCACAGACGUCUGGCCUGCCGGCGAUGUUUGCAGAGAAAUUUGCAGUCGAGACCUCAAACACCAAACCAUGCAAUGGGCAGUCAUCUGAAGCUGCCUGCCAUGAAGAUGAGACACUACCGGACAUGGAUAUUGCAGUAUCCUUUCCUUGCCCAUUAACUUGA